AUGGCUCCCAACGUCGCCAUCAUCCAAGGCACCGGUAGUGGUAUCGGUGCUCAAAUCGCCCGUCAAUAUCUCUCGCGCACCUCACUGCAGGUCGUCGCUCUCUCCCGCGAUGCAUCUCGAGCCAAGAACGCGAUCCUCUCCGAUUCCUCCGACCUCGACUCCUCCCGCCUGCACACCAUCUCCCUCGACAUCACCUCCGAAGACUCCUACGCAUCCGCCGCCUCCGAGAUCUCUUCCAAAUACGGCAAAUCGUGCCUCAAGACGCUGUGGAACAUCAACGGCAUCCUGCACGCCGAGAAGAACCUCUCCCAAAUCUCGCUCGAGCAGGUGCACCAGAUGUUUGCCGUCAACACUUUCUCCCAUUUGCUGGGGUUCAAGCAUUUCGUGCCCCUCAUCCCGAGAGGGAGCGAUGCGAAGGCGGUUCAGGAGGGAAAGGCGGAGAACCUCGCCGAGGGUGUGUUGCCCGGUGAUCUGAGCGUGAUCGCUAGUCUGAGUGCCAAGGUGGGAAGUAUCGGAGAUAAUCAGAAGGGUGGAUGGUACAGUUAUAGGGCUAGCAAGGCCGCGUUGAACCAGCUGAUCAAGACGCUGAGUAAGGAGCUCGAGUUGAGGUCGGUACCCGCCAUUUCGGUGGGCUUGCACCCAGGCACCGUCAGGAGCAACCUCAGUAAGGACUUCACCGGCGGUGAGGGCAGCGACAAGCCGCUGGACAGGAGCAAGGGCCAGUUCGAGGCCAGCGAGGCAGCAAAGAAUCUGGUGGACGUCGUAAGUGGGCUCAAGAAGGCCGACAAUGGCAGCUUCAGGGACUACAAGAACGACAUCAUCCCUUGGUAG